AUGUGGGGAGACUAUGGCUCCCAACGUGAACUUGCCAACACCAUGGGUCGUGGCAAAGCCACACUAUCAGAACUGCUCAAGCAUGUGGAGAAGAAGGGAGAGGAGCUAGGUGCCUUUUUGUGGGAAGAAAUACUAUAUGAGAAUGACCAAGGAUGUUGGCAGAGUUCAUUGUUGACUCAGGAGCGGAAGGAUAGCAUCAUUGCAAUUGUCACCUCAUUGGGCAAUACCCGGAAAAAAGAGAGCUGGCAGGCUGUUGUGCAUGGUAGUUUUGGCCAGAUUGUACUUGCAAUGAGCGUUACAAUAUUUGAAAACUUCAUGUACAAGGCUGGUUAUGCCCAGAGAAGGCCAGGAUGGAAGCCAAAGUUGACCCCUGAGCAGGAGGAGGAGCACUAUCAAUGGGCACUACAUGUAAGAGGUUAG